GCGCGAACAACGACACCAACAACAGCAGCACCAACGACAACAACAACAACAGCAGCGCCAACAACAACAGCAGCAUCUCCAAUGACCACUCCACGUUACAUAGUUGCAAUGAGCUUUGUGAUGACCAAAACCUACAUUGCUGAUUACAGCAACCCCAAAACUGAAGCUUACCAGACGCUAGCUGCUUCCAUUGUUAGCUGGUCCACACCAAUCUACCAAGCGAAAUAUGGGUCAAGGUUCUUCCGAGUCGUUGUCAUAUCACUGAGGGCCGUGGCCCGUUUUCGCGCAGACAACACAGAGGCAGAGAUGAAUGUGGAGUUUGAUCAGUCUGUACCAGACACUGUCCCUGACACAACGGAGGUGCUCGAGCAACUGAAAGAGCAGCCCAGCCCCGCCAACCUGUCUGUGGACACAAGCACAAUCUCUGUUCUCCACGAGCCACAGAUGAUUGCCAAUGUUCCGUUCACCAUCACCAAUGAGUCUUCUGCCAUUACUCUGGCCGCUGUCAACUCAACUGCCUACCGUGAUACGACAUCCAAAAUUAAAUCUGAGCUGGAGCCCUUCUUUUUGGAAGAUUAUUCUACAAACUUUGUCUCUUUGAACCCCACAACAUACACGGAUGGGACAGUUUACGCAAAACUCUAUGUAACCCAAUCAAACCUCUACUUCACAUACAACGCCACAUUACCAAGUGCAACCGCCAUAUACAACACCAUGGUGCGAGCAGCAGCAAGUGGAAACCUGACUAUUAACAUUGUCUCAGUAAAUGGCACAGCCGUCAGCUCAGGAGACAUCACCAGCAGGAUCAGUCUUGGAACCACUUUCAGCCUCACCCUCCUGGCCAUCAUUGCCACGCAGUCCUGGUAGGCGCCCGUGUGCCUGCCCCCCCAAAC